CAUUCUGGUACCAAUAACAAAAGACACAGAUCUAAGAGGAGCUAAAGUUUCUUUUACGAGUAACGUUAUUUUUCGUGUUGUCUUUUGGGAGGUUGGGCCAAAGCCAAGGAAUUCUUUGCAAAUACAGGAUGUGAAAGACCCUAUCUUUUUGUUAGCACAUACAUUACAAAAUGUCACAUCGGCUACAAUCGUAAAUGAACAAGUAAGAAAUCUGCAUGGCCCAUCAGAAAAAGCUUUCCAAGCAGCGGUUUACCGUGUCAUGAAUGAGCUACUUCCAAUUUCAAUGAAUUGCUUAUUUGAAGAAGAAUACGGGAGCAUAAGGCACUUGACCUAA